AUGAUUCGCUCAACACAGAUUGCGAGGCUCGACGGCCUCAUGCUCUGCGCCUCCGUCGACGACUCCGAGUCCGAACAAGCCCUCUCGGAAGUAAAAUCCCAAGUGAAGCUGAUCCUGCGGCGGCUGAGCCGCAACUCGGAGCCGCAGGCGUCGAUCGAGAGCGGGGCGUACACGCUGCACUACCUGAUCGCGGCCGACAUCGUGUACGUGGCCAUCACGGACCGGACGUACCCGCGCAAGCUGGCCUUCACGUACCUGUCGGACCUGGCGACCGAGUUCUCGACCACCUACCCGGCGCAGCAGCUCCUCAGCCCCGUGCUGCGGCCCUACGCCUUCAUGGAGUUCGACACCUUCAUCAGCCGCACCAAGGCCACCUACAGCGACGCCCGCGCCACGCAGAACCUGGACAAGCUGAACGACGAGCUGCGCGACGUGACCAAGGUCAUGACCAAGAAUAUUGAGGAUUUGUUGUACCGCGGGGAUAGCCUGGAGCGCAUGGGGGAGCUAAGCAGUAGGUUGCGGGACGACAGCAAGAAGUACAGGAAGGCGGCCGUCAAGAUCAACUGGGACUUGAUGUUGAAGCAAUACGGGCCGUUUGGGGCACUCGGGCUGAUCAUCCUGGGGUUCCUGUGGUGGCGAUUCUUUUGA